UCCAUAACACAAGAUUAGCUAUGGUGUAUUCUUACAUGUGGUUAUAUUUAGGAUACCGUGCUUGUAAUCACGCGUGGUUGCGCGCGACACAUAACAUACGCACGUGGGUCGAUGAAUAGAUGACUUUUCAGUUUGGGCAGCAGACCAUGAAUUGUUUGUAAACAUUGAGGAUUUUCUUUAAAAACAAUGGAUUUAACCACGAGGGAAGACUGAGAAAAUGCAUGAUACAUAUUGAGAGAUGUUAGAUAACCUUACUAAUAUUUAAUGAUUAAUAAGGUAAGAAUGACACUAAAAGUAGUUGCUGUACACAUGAGACUGAUCUAGUAUUGUUGCAAGGAUGGCAGGACAUAUAUAUGCUAGUCAAAACAGAAGAAUGUCAGUUACACUAAUGCAAGGGAUAUGUCAGCUCUUAUACAGUGAUUAUGAAAGAGUUUGCUACUACUAUUGGUCGACAAUCAGGAUUAGCAUUGAUUACGAUUCGGUAACCUGGAUAGGAAAUGUAUCUAAUAAAUAGAUACCAAGGAGAAUCGGACAGAGGGGUGAACAGGUUGGAAACAGCUGUACUGGCGGUGGACUGGUUUCUGAAUUUGGUUAAGACGCCUCCUCCCGCAACGAUGACUGGCGGAAUAGAAACAUCAACUGAAAGACGACCAGGAAUGAAAGAAACUGGAGGGAAGACGCCUCCUCCUCCCGCAAAGAAAACUGACGGAAUCGAAUACCUGACCAUGCACAUGGACGAGGACACCUUAUACAAGGCGUGUUACCUGUCAGAAGACCGGAUGACUCUGUUUAACACCCGACAUCCUCCCCCACCUGACGGACAGAUCGAUGAACAGCUCUACUCUCACGACUGGCCGACUGGAGGACACGCCCUGCAGAAAUAUAAAGGUGUGAAUGGGUCUAGGUCUGUCUCACCCCCCGACAAUGUUUACUAUGAGGUAGACGUGCACUACAAAAUCAUUAAAUAUUUAACUGGUAGAAACCUUGUGUUUGAAGUUGGAUUAGUUUGGGAAAAGGAAAUGGACAGCUGUCAUUGCAUAGGGGAAACUAAGCAUGGUAAAUCGAUUCUCUAAGCUCGCACUAGUGGUAGAAACAGGAACAGUACAACACUUGAAUGUCGGAAUAAUAAUGACGAAAUCUUCACCAGAGAAUCACUUUCCAGCAAAGCAGGUACAACAGCUGAUAUAAGGAUUGGUGUCAAUAUAAACACAUUGAGUAAAACUAUCAGCUUUGUGGAUGUUGUAAACAACACAUUGUUAACAAAGAUCGGCGGAGUAGAUACGUCACAGCCACUGUGGCCGGUGUUUGGGGUGUACAACCAUGAAUUGGUGGACGUAAGAGUUACACUGAGGUAUAUUGAGAGUGCCAACAUCCCUGUAGAUUUACUACUGUAGUCUACACACGGUGUUAUCAAGGUUACACUGAGGUCUGUUGAGUGUCCACAUCCCUGAAGAUUAACUACUGUAGUCUACACAUAAAGUUAUCGGAGUUACACUGAGGACUGUUGAGAGUGUCAACAUCCCUGCAGAUUUACUACUGUAGUCUACACACGGUGUUAUCAAGGUUACACUGAGAUCUGUGGAGUGUCCACAUCACUGUAGAUU